AUGCUACAGGGAAAAAAACCUGUCACUCAUUUGCUUUAUUGUACCGUUCUUAGGUGCGGCACUCAAGUGGAUAUACGAGAUUUCGCAAUCCGCACAUGUACAAGCGUGGCAGUACAAGUUGAACCUAGUGACUUUCAAACCGUCCAAGAAGUAACGAAGGACAGCGACGCCUUACCGCUUCUGACAACCCAGCCAUCCAGAGAGGAAUUCGUCGAGAAAGCGAACCCGGAAUACCGCUGCGAUUACUGCUAUGGAUGCUUAUUUUGUGAAAAGGGACAUGCGUGGUAUAGCAUUCGUGGUAAAGCCUGCCUCUGGGUGUUACUUCUAACGCCAGGGUACCUUAUAUUGGGCGUGUUUCUGUUACCCUUCUUCAUUCUAAUGGGUAUAGCUUACUGCGUCGCUGCCGCCAUAGAAUGACUUGUUGUUGGCGUAUUCAACGUUUUGCUCAAAUCAAGAGCGUACGAGAGAAAUGGAUGGAC